AUGUCCGAUAAUAUCGACACGGUAAACGUGCUCAGAGGCAACCUCCAAGCCAAAGGUACCCUCUAUACCCAAUCCAACUUCGACCAAGGCAAAGACAAGACCAACUUCCGCCAAUUCAACGAUGCCCGCGACAGCGUCAAGGCCUUCUACGCCAAACAGCACACCCUCCAAACCGUGUCCUACAACCUCAAGGCCCGCAAUGACUUCAGAACCAAAACUCGCGCCCAUAUGAGCGUCUGGGAUGCCAUGGAGAAACUAAACACCUUCAUCGACGAAUGUGACCCCGACACCCAGGAGUCCCAAAUGACCCACCUGCUUCAAUCCGCCGAAGCCCUGCGCGCAGACGGAAAGCCUCGGUGGAUGCAACUUGUCGGCCUUAUCCAUGACCUUGGUAAGCUGUUGUUCUUCUUUGGUGCUGAUGGGCAGUGGGAUGUCGUUGGUGAUACAUUCCCCGUCGGCUGUGAAUUCGAUGAGAGGAUUAUUUUUGGAAAGGCGUCGUUCAAGGACAAUGAGGAUUUCAACAACCCGGUCUACAGCAGCAAGUUUGGCAUCUACUCUCCUGGCUGUGGAUUGGAGAAUGUGAUGUUGUGCUGGGGCCAUGAUGAGUAUCUCUACCACAUUGUCAAGGAUCAAUCCACCAUCCCUGCUGAGGGUUUGGCUAUGAUCCGGUACCACUCAUUUUACCCGUGGCACCGCGAGGGUGCCUACCACGAGUUGAUGAAUGAGCACGAUGUGAAAAUGCUCGAGGCUGUGCGGGCGUUCAACCCCUAUGAUCUGUACAGUAAGAGUGACGAGGUUCCGGAUCCUGAGAAGCUGAAGCCUUACUACUUGGAGCUCAUCGAUGAGUACUUCCCAAAGAAGGUCCUUAGAUGGUAA